AUGAGAGUGAACCUGGGCGCGUGCUUCGGGGGGGGCAGCCGGCGAGCCUCGGUCGAGCACGCGCGGCACCCUCGGCGGAGCACGACGGCCUCGCUGGACGCGCUGGGCGAGCGGCUGACGAAGUCCUCGGACGGGACUGUCUCCCUGGACGGCAGCGCGACCGUGCUCGCGGCGUGCGGCCGUGGGGAUACGACGAUGGCUAUGGCGCAGGAGCCCAAGCGUUGCAGCGACCCGAGCGUCCAGCCCGGAGCUCUGACUGCACCCCUCCAGGACGCGCAGCUGCACUUCGCCCGGAGCGCCCCCCAGCCGAAAGCGUGCGCGUCCAGCCUGCGCAAGGCGGCCAUCCUGCGGUCCGCCUCGCAACGCACGGGCGCGUGGCACAUGCGCCAGGCGUCCCAGGCUCAGCUGCUCGCCACGCUCGAGGCCCUCGGCGACGACGCCGUCGAUGCGCGCGGACGAAGAACUGUCAAGCCGGCGACCCUCCGCGCCACGCACCCGGCCCGCACUCCGGCCCGACGUGGCGCGGCAAAGGAGGUUGAGAGCUUCGAUGAUGUCAUGCAUCUUUUGCGAACAGGGUCGUAG